UAAUUACGAUCGCGCCGCAUGCAUUGAAUGAGGCUAUAUUGAGUUCACCUACGCUGUUCAGUUUAGUCGUGUAGUGCGCGGUUGAGGUGCCCUUAAAGUUACGUUUUAGAAUCAGGCUUUAAAUACGGUGUUAGCAUGGCCGAUAAGAUGGAUAUGUCUUUGGACGACAUCAUCAAACAAAACAAACAACAGCGAGGGGGUGGAGGGGGCCGUGGUGGUAGGGGAGGUCGUGGUCGUGGAGCUUCGGGUGGAGGACGAGGUGGUAACGUCGGUCGAUUUGGAAGCGGCGGGGGAGGAGGCUUUGGGGGCCGCGGCGGCGGAUCAGGCCCUAUGCGGAAUCGACAGAACCUGAGUCGCGGUAGAAGCAGACCCACGCCGUACAGCAGGCCCAAGCAGCUCCCGGACAAAUGGCAGCAUGACCUAUUCGACAGUGGCUUUGGGGGGGGUGGCGGAGGCGGUGGCGGCGGCGGCGGCGGCGGCGGUGGUGGUGGUGGGGCCGGGGCUGGCGUGGAGACUGGUGGCAAGCUCCUUGUUUCCAACCUAGACUUUGGAGUCUCUGAUGCAGACAUUCAGGAGCUGUUUGCAGAGUUUGGCACGCUGAAGAAAGCCGCGGUGCACUACGACCGAUCGGGCCGCAGCCUGGGGACGGCCGACGUGCACUUUGAGAGGCGGGCCGACGCGCACAAAGCCAUGAAGCAGUACAACGGCGUUCCUCUGGACGGCCGCUCGAUGAACAUCCAGCUCGUCACGUCACAGAUCGACACGCAAAGGCGGCCCUCCGUGCAGGGGUUGAGUCGAGGAGGCGGGGGAAUGAACAGGAGCAGACUGGGCGGUUUUGGAGGGAUGACGAGGCGUGGCGGUCGCGGUGCCGGCAGGGGCAGGGGCCGGGGAGGGAGGAGUACCAACAAACAGCCGCUGUCUGCCGAGGAGCUGGAUGCACAGUUAGACGCCUACAAUGCCAGGAUGGACACCAGCUAAAACCGUUGAAGUCUGCUGAUCUCCCAAUUCCCCCACCCCCACCCCACACCAUUUCCCUGCCCACUCCUCCCCACCCCUGUGUUGAUUGUGGGCAUAUACAGAAUUGCUUUGGCGAUGGACAUGGGAUACUUUACAUAUGCCUGUCUUUAGAUUUGUUUUUAAGUUGAUGUAUGGGUCUUAUUUUUUUCUCCUUUUUAAAAGCUCUGAACAAUUUUUGUACUUUGUUUUUGAGACUGUAGGAUUUUUAAGGGGAGGGGCUUGUAGUUGCCUUGAUAUCUUUUUCUCUCUCCCAUCUACCAACCAUUGUAAUAAACCUGCAAGAUGUAUAAA